AGCGUUAAUUUAUUUCUCAAUUAUAUUUUUCUCGUCGACAUGAUAAAUAAAUAUUAGUCUCAGCAACUGAUAAGUAUCGAUGUCGAUAUUAUCGACUUUCCCAUUCCCGGGAUACUUGUUUACGCGAUCGCCGGCGCCAUGUUGUAACGGUCCGCCGCAGCCACCAUUGUACAUCUGACUGCAGCGCUGGACGCACGUCGCUCGUGCGAGCGUUAACGGCCGCGCCUUGUUUCGCGAUGUCGAAUAUAAUACUCGUAUAGGGAACAAGUGCUGUGCCCCUAAGUUUUCGAAUAUAUUCAAGUGUAUCUGUUUUCCCCCGCUUUGGGGUCUACCCUACGGGCUAACCCAACGUCCACGCCUGCCCUUCUCUGCUGCCCGGCGCUAACGCCAGGUUGCCACUACGCCAGGAACACCAGGACAGUAACGCCCAGCUACACACCGAUCCAAGUGCCACCACCACAGUAGGACAACGACCCACGUGAUUUAAGCCCAAUAAACCACUGCUGUACAAUUUGUAGCCAAGGCCUUAUUGCUCACCUCUGCCCUAGACACCUAACGCUACAAGUGGCGCCUUCAACCUGGUAUCUAGGUGGUUUCUGUGGUAUUUUGGAUCGUUGAGUAGUUUGUUUUGUGUGCGUGUUGUUUUGUGAAGUCUUGUUUUUAAUUAUUUGUGCUUAACAAGUGGGGUCUAGAGAGUGGACACGGUACUUAUCGAUAUCGAUAAAACCGAUACUUUGUAACGACACUUUAGACACUAGUUGUCCCUUUUUGUUUUGCCUUUCCGUAAUUAGCUUUUCUUAUAAAUCUCCUUACAUCUUCAUUUUUCUUACUUUUCUCAUCUUUCGGUUCUCUACAACUUACUUUACUACUUCUUUUCUAUCUUACCUUUCAACAAUAAAAACAAGUCACUACUUUCACUUUCACUAUUCUUUGUAACAGAGCGGAGUAGUUUAGAAUAACCUUAUUGUUAAGUGUACAAAUUUACCCAAACAUUGUGAAAAAUAAACAUACAAGCAUGGCAUCCGAAAUAAAGUUCAUGUCACUACAAAAGACAGAGCUCGCGUAUGAAGUAGAGAUUAGAGGGGAAACCCCGGCUGAUAAUGUGUUAGAUUUACGCAAGCAAAUUACGAAACUUGUGCGGCUUUAUCCUUCCGAGGAUAUUUUGCUAUCGCCAUUUGAUCCAACGAUAGACACAGCGGCAGUAGAGGAAAGCUUGUCUAAGAUUGCUAAAAAUAUCAAAUCACUAAAUGAUAAUUUUGAUAAAAAUCUGUUAGCUCGAACAAGGAAUACCAUGAAUCACAUUUUCCACCGCUUAAACCGGAUUGAUUGCUCACUACAACCGGACGCAUUAUCAGCGUGCAAUGAAUGCUUUAAACUGUACCAAACGUACAAAUCAGCUUUAAAAAAGUUUGAUACAGUGGUUUCAGGUUCAGGUUCUGACGAUGUUCCGGGUCAUAUUACUGUAAAUUGCGAACGUGGAUUGACCUCCGAGCUAUCAAAGCUUAAAUUUAAUGGAAAGACGUGUGUACGAUCUUUUAUUCGUAGUGCGUCUGAUUUUAUUAAAGCCAGGUCGCUAUCGUCUGGCAAAGUUCUAUCUUACGCAACCGAGAUAUUUACCGAUGAUGCCUUACAUUGGUUCCGCAGUAUAAGAGAUAAUGUUGAUUCAUGGGAGGACCUCUGUGUUAGGCUUAAGGAAGCCUUCAGCACUCCGAAUUACGACUAUCGUUUUCGUGACGAAAUUAGGGCACGUACACAGGGCCCGCGAGAAAAUAUUACAGUCUACCUUUCUAUUAUGUCGGGCAUGUUUUCGCAACUUGACAAACCUCUACCGGAAGAGGAAAAAUUACAAAUACUGCUUCAUAAUAUACGUCCUUGCUAUGCCAACGUGCUCACUUCUUGCCCGGAAAUCAAAAACGUCGGAGAGUUGCAGACCGUAUGUAAGAAUUACGAGAAUGUUCAAUCUCGUAUGGCGCAAUAUCGGGAACCUCCCAAAGCAACGUCCGAGACCCUAGCCCCGGAUUUUGCCUAUUCUCAUGCUUCUACUUCUACAAACACUACAAAUAAACCAUUUUUACAGAGACAAACCUACCAAAAAAAUUAUGAAUUCAAGCCUCGCUUCGCUACCUACGCAAAUAAACAGAAUACCGCGGGUAAUAUCCCUGUCGAUGCAGUUGCUGCCGCUACACCCGUGUACGCUGUCAAUGUCAGAACGAAGUUUUGUCCGCGAUGCCGUGUCGAUACACAUUCUUUGAGGAACUGCACCGCAGAACGUGUUAUUGUCUGUUUUCGUUGUGGUCAUCCAGGGGUUAAGUUUCAUGAUUGCCCUGAUUGCCAGAAACAUUUAUCGUCCACUACACAAGAACAAAAAAACGCAUAGAGCAGAAUUGUAGUUACUCCGAUGCUGGUGACUGGAAGGACUGGUUGAAAUUUAUAAAGAAUUUCUUUCGUGUCUAUAAAGUAACUUCAAUUCUGCAAUCAACAACAA